AUGGGAAGUAUGCCCGAAGGCGGAGUCCAACCAUUCUGGACCGAGCAGAUGCAGAUUGAGCAGACACCACACAUGAUGAUGCUACCGCCUUCAGGGAGCAUGCCAGAUGUUGAGGACGAGUAUGUCCAUGUGGAGCCGGUUGCAAGCGCAGCAAACGCCGAAAACAGUUUCGUCCAAGUCGCACCACCAUACUUCUCUGACUCGGAAUCAUUUGAGGAUCUAGGGCGGCCUUUCGCGCAAUCACCGCAAGAGGUUUUCUUCAAGAAGGAGACCUCCACACCGUCGGUGAAACAAGAGUCGGACAUCGAAGAUCAUGGGGACCGACCAACACGUUCGAUACACAUGACGUCGACUGGGGGCAAGACCGUCAAGAAAGAGCAAAGGCACUAUUCUGAUCUAGCGCGGAAGAAAAGUCACAGGAAGCCGAGGUCGGCCAAAGGGGUACGGAAUGGGCCCGAGGAUGAGCUUUUCCUGAUGCUGCCGGAUGGAACCAGAACCAUCUUGAAUCAAGAUGGUGUCCACUUUGACUGGGAUGGGAAAAGUUUGACGGCCAAACGAACCGGUAUCAAGAAGGAGAAGCACCCCUGCCCGUAUUGCAUCAAGUCAUUCGCGAGGCAAGAACAUCUGCAGCGCCACAUAAGGACUCAUGAUGGCAAGAAGGACCACGCCUGCCCGCUCCCGUUCUGCGGUAAGACUUUCAACAGGAACGACAAUUGCGUAGCGCAUUACGCUACGCAUGUGGAGAAACCGGGUCGCAAGCCUGGAAGAAACAAGAAGUGGCCGUUGGUGGAGGUUCAAGCCCACUUCCGGGACCAGAAGAUGAAGGACAAGAUCCGGCAUAUGUACAUCAAGGACAUGGAGAAGGAUCUGGAAAAGCGAUGA